AUGGAUAUGUUGGCCAAGCAAAUGUCGCAAUUGGCCACGUCAUUGAAUGAGAUGAGAGGACACGAGGGAAGAAUACCAGCUUCAGUAAAACCACCCGACCGGGCAAAUAUCAGUCAGAUAACUUUGAGGCCAGGACGGGGCUAUGAAGGUCUGGUGAUGAAAGAAGAUGAGAGUACACCUUUUUUGACGAGCAAGGAAGGCGGAACUCCUGACCUAGAGGAUACUGAGGUAAGGAAUCUCAGAGUAGAAGACGGUCUUCAAAAAGGGGAUCUGGAGAAACCACUACCUCGGAUGGCCGAUCCAUUUUUCUUAGACCCGGAGCCUGGAGUGGAGAUUGAGGAAGGAAGGAAAGAAGUCGGAGAAUCGUCCGUCCCAGCCAAAAAGAAGAAGGACGACACCGAAGACUUCAUGGAGAUUUUCGGCAAACUGGAGAUCAACCUGCCCUUCCUACAAGCUUUGAACCUGCCUACAUUCAGUAAAUUAAUCAAGGAGUUCAUAGCGGGAAAAACCAAGCUCGACGGGAAGAUAGUAAUUGGUGAAAAUGUGUCAGUUAGAAUACAGAAGAGGAGGAUGCCAUCGAAAUGCACAAACCCAGGUAUGUUCACUUUGCCCAUUUCUCUAGGUGACAUAAAAAUUGAGCAUGCGAUGUGUGAUCUAGGAGCCUCGAUAAAUAUGUUACCACUUUCGAUAUAUAAGAAGUUGAUAGGGGUAAGCCUGGUUGAUACGAAAGUAGUAAUUCAGUUAGCCGAUAGAACAUGCAUUUCACCCGAGGGUGUGCUGGAGAAUAUGAAAGUAAAAGUGCAUGAUUUCCUGUACCCAGCCGAUUUCCAUGUAAUAAAAAUGAGAGAUAAUGAAUCUGCUGAGUCUAGCGGAGUGCUUUUAGGAAGGCCAUUCUUACGCACCGCUAAGACUAUUAUUGAUGUGUUUGAUGGAACAAUAUGCCUGGACUAUCAUGGGGAAAAAUACACAUGUAACAUUGAUGAAGCUAUGAAAAAGCCAUUGGAUGUUGAGAAUUUGCAUUCUGUCGAUAUCAUUAACCCCCUGGUCCAGGAAUAUCUUGAGGCUGAAUUAAUGCAGGAAUAG